AUGCAAUCAAGUUGUUGGAUGAAUCUCUACGUGUUAUCUGUGGAUUUAAAGGAACAUAAGAUCUUUCUGAUGAAAAAUUACCUAACAGUCCUUUUACAUCUGAUGAUAAACUCUUUUUCAUACUUCACCCAUGGAAUAACUUCAAGUGUAUUAUUUUCCCUUCCAGAGGACAAAUCGGACCAGAUUAUCACUUAUUCUAUAAGAUUGUUCGCAUUCCAGCCUCCUAGGAUUAAGCUAAUUUAUGUGAUUCUGUUCGCCACUGUAUUGACAUAUUUACCCCCCUCAAGCUCUUUUGUAGAUUUUCAGGAUUCUAUAGAAACUAAAAGAUGUCUGGCAUCAACUUCAUUUUUUGCAACUAAUGUGGGGAGAUUCAUUUUGGUUGGAAAGAUCGGUACAUACAUUUCUUUCUUGUGUGACAACCGGAAACAUGAAGCAAUAAAAGACAUGCUCGGGUGAAAAAGGAAGAGGAUUGAGUGAUUGGAAGCUUGGAGAUUGAAGACUGAAGAAAGAAGGAUGUUAUUGGACAACUUGACCCCUCGUCAGUGUUUUGUCCAUAUCUCAUGAACCGUAACUCCGAUUGACGAGAUUCAAAAUGUUCUGAAAACUAGACACAAUUUCGGACGACUUUCGUGUUUUGAGAAAAUGUUGAUUCCAAGAGAACUCGACGAGUUUUUAGCACAAACUCGACGAGUUGGUUAGAAUAUUCUCGAUUUAAGGAUGCCUUGCCGUACACGCUGUAUACGCGGAUUAUCGAAAAAACUCGACGAGUUUGUGGUGAAAACUCGUCGAGUUGGCCCUGUUUUCAGAAUUUAUAUAUAGAAACACUUCUCAUUCGAACCCUAACACUUUCUGGAGGCUAGCUGCGAUUAUUGAAGAUCAGAAGGGUUCUUGGAGCUUCAGUUUUCGAGAUUGCAACAUAAGAGACAAUUUAGAAGAGAGUUAAAGGCAAAUAAUCAUUCUUCUUUUCUUAAUCUUUGUUUUGAACCAUGUUUGAAUCAUUAGAUUUUGAUUUUAGGUUAUUACUUGCUGUAGAUAUGAGCUAAAAGC